AUGAUGGCCUUCAAUUUUCUUUGCUCUGCGUCGCUGAACAUUGCCGAUCGGUUCAUCGGUGCGCCGCAAAAUGCCAGAUUCUGUAGCUAUAACGGCUUUAUAACACAGAUUUUUGUCAUUCAAACCGACUACUGGAUACUACUUAUCGCCGUGUGCACAUAUUUCAUACUCACCGGUCGAAGACGGCCUUCAGCCUGGAUCGACUUCUAG